AUGGGAAAUAAUAAUAGCUAAGAAUCUACAAAGUUAGCAUAAUUGUAUUGCGAAUAUCAACCAACAAAAACUAGAGAUGAGUGUAUUUUAAUCAAUUAAUCUAGAAUUUGGAGAUUGCACUGUUCUCGUUAAUAAAUCAAAUCCAAAAGUGAAGCUUAUUUUGAAAGAGUAUACUUAUACAGAUGAAACACUUUUUAAGAAAAACAAAAAGUAAUUUGAAAAUAAGCAAUAAUUAAUUCAAAAUCAAAACAUUCUUAAGAUUAUUGAUAUCUAUACUACUUAAGAUCAACAAGUGUGUAGUUAAUUUUUUAAAAUAUACAUAUUGAUUGAACAUCCAACUUCCUAAUUGGCUGCAACAUAAUUGGCUUCCUAAGAUUAUUGGGCGGUUUUGUUUGGAUAUGUUAGAGCUUUAGAAGACUUAUAAAAUAAAUCCAUAUCACACGAACAUAUAUCAUCAAAAACAUUAUAUUUACCUCCUAAAAUAUGUAUUCCUUCGCUUUAUGAAUAAUCUACUAAUUUUUAGCAACUCUUUUAAAAUAAUAAAGUAAAUGAUGUUUUUGUAUCACCAUUACAAGCAUUAGCUCUAAGAUAAAAGGAAUUUCAACCUCAACAUAAUCCAUACAAAAGUGACGUAUUUAUUCUUGGAAUGUACAUGUUAUAGAGCAUUUUGAAAACUCCAAUGAAUGAUUGCUACAAAUAAUUAUAUUUGGUAGAAGAAGUUCUAUUAACCAAAUUACAUUAAUUAAACAAUGUUGUAUAACCCUAAUUAUUUGAAGUCAUUCAAUGUAUGUUAUAGAUCUAAGAAACCUAAAGACCUGAUUUUAUUGACUUAUCAAAAUUAUUAGACUAAAAAUAUUAAGAAUCAGCGUCCAUUAAUAAUUUUAAAUAAUAACUUAGAUAGUUUGGUUCAUAAGACCAGUAAAAAAGCACUAUUUAGUCUUAGUAAGUUUACUAGCAUUAAUCAAAUCCUUCUUAUCAAUAGUAAACUCUACCUAUAAUGAAAGAAAUCAAAAGUUCAAAAUCUAAUGCUAAAAAACCUUCUCUAAGAGAAAUUAUUACAGAGUAAUCACACACUAAUUCCACCAUGGCAAGUAGAAUGUAGGAAGAUGCUGUUUAACCUAAUUUAUCUGAUAAUUGUGAUUUUAUUCAAUAAAUUGUUUAUUCAGAAUAAUUUUCACAACCAUCAAAAUAUGAUGAGAAUACUGACACUAAUGAAAAUGAUGAAAAUUUUACAAAUAGAUCUUAAAAUUUGCCAUUACAAGAUCAUACUGAUUAACAUGUUAAUAAAAAUUUUUAAUUAAAACUAAGUGAUAUCAAUGUCAAGGAAUCAUAAUAAUAAUUUUCACUUCCAUUUGAUUUGCCUUAAUAAUAACCUCAUAUUUCAGGAUUUUCUUCAUAAGGAGAAAUAUUUGUUAAUGAAUAAUAUCAAGAUGGUUCUAAAUACCAUGGAUAUAAAUUCAAUGGAAUGAGACAUGGCCAAGGCAUAUUUUAUUAUAAAGAUGGAGGAUAUUAUGAUGGAAAUUGGUAGUUCAAUCAUAUGCAUGGUUAUGGUAUAUAUAUUCAUUAAAAUUAAUAUAGGUACACUUUAUUACUCAAAUGGUAAUCCAGCUUAUAAAGGUUCAUGGAAUUAAGAUAAAUUUCAAGGUUAUGGAGUUUUAUAUAAUGAAAUAACAUCUUAAUUAAAUGAACCAUUCAAUUAUUAAGAUUUUGAUCAUAUUGAAGAGUAACUCUUUUGUUUAAUUUAGUUUUUGGACCAAAUAUGAAGGAGAGUUUAAUGAUGACAAUAAAGAAGGUCAAGGAACUCUCUAUUUGUCUAAUGGAGAAAAAUUUUGUGGCUAAUUUUUUAAAGAUUACAUUAAUGGAUUUGGGCUAUUCCAUACAUAAAAUCAAAAAUUAGUUGAAGGAAGAUGGAUCAAUAAUAAAUUAAUUAAGUGA